CAACUAAGACAUCAACUCCGCCAUAAGCAUAGCCCGGGAUAACGCCUUCAGAUCCAAUGAAUGGAUUCACGUCUCGUGCAUGGUCUAUGUCUUGGGCUGCUACGAGUUUCGCAAGCGUUAACAUUGCAACACCGGGGAGCUUUUGCACCAUGAGAUCAAAUCUCGGAGCGUCUCUGUGGGCUGCACGAUACUAUGCGACAGCUGCGGCGGUCGCGCAUCGACCGGCUCUUAUGUAUAGGACGAUGACCAGUGCUGAUGGCCUCACCCCGCAUGUACAGCAGCUUCUAUAAUUCAAGAAGGUGCGCAGGUGUAAUGUUACAUGGUCGGAGUACGAUAUGCGUCGAGAAAGGACGGUGACGUCAUAUGAUGUGCAGAGGAAGGCGGGGUCGGGCGUUGCGAACCGGAACUACCAAGUUACCUGAGGUGCUCUUGACAGCAUUCGACAUGCACAUUCAUACCGAUCUCUGCAGGUGAAGAGUUG